UUAUCUGGCUGUGGGCGAGAGGAUCUAGAAACAGCAGCAGCUCCCUGUUGCUGACAGGUUGACCGAGGGAGUGUGUGUCUGCGAGUGCAUGUGUGCGUGUAUGUGUGUGUGUGAGUCUGUGUGCAUGUAGUAGCUGCAUGAGCUGCAACCGGAGCUGCGACUGCUGGUGGUGAAUAAUGCAGACAGGGGAAUGGAGUUUAGAUAGCAUGCAGGGAGCCAAAAUUAAUAAUGCACUGUGCCGGUUAUGAGCUCUGCAUUAAUUAGUUUUUCUGGAACCUGUGGCUGACUAUAACCUACCUGCCUGCCUCACUGACUUCCCGCCUACCUUUCUGCCUGCCUGGCCGACUGAUUGACUGAUUCAGAAAAUGUCUCACUACCAUUUCAUCAAAUGUUGUUGUUUCCAGCUAUGUAACGUCUUUCGUCAGAACAUGGAGAUAGACCAGUGUCUCCUGGAGUCUCUCCCCAUAGGCCAGCGCCAGCGGCUGGUCAGGAGGAUGCGCUGUGACCAAAUUAGGGCGUACUACGAGCGGGAAAAGAACCUUCAGCGCCAGCAAAGUGGAAUCAAAGUCCGAGCCCUGUCCACCCACUGCAAGAAGCAUCGCGUCCGCUUCCGCCUGGCCGAUGUUAUAAAAGAUGCCAUCAUUCACCAUGACGACAAGGAAGUGUUGCGUCUCCUCAAGGAAGGAGCAGACCCCAACACCCCCAUUUCCUCAGGAGGAUCCUUGCUACACCUGUGUGCUCGUCAUGACAAUGUGUUCGCAGCAGAGCUUCUGAUAGAGCGAGGCCUGAACGUCAACCUGCAGGAUGAAGACCUGUGGACAGCCCUGCAUGUCGCAUGUGUGUGUGACCAUGCAGACAUGGUGCUGUUGCUGCUGCUGGCCGGCGUGAACAUCUUGCUGCAGGACAUCAAUGGAAACAUUCCUCUGGUCUACGCCUUCGAGGGAACAGAGACCAGCUAUAUCCUUCGAAAACACCUAGAGGAAAACGGUGUGGAUGUGUCAUCCAUGCAUGCUAUGAAGACACAGAGAGCCAGCACCAUGUUGUCUGACGUUAGACAGUUUGUUGCCACAAGGGGAAACCUCAACCAGCCCAAUGAUGAUGGGGUUACUCUGCUCCAUAUUGCCUGUGCCAGUGGUUACAGAGAGGUGGCGUCUCUGUUGCUGGAGAGUGGAGCAGACCCUCAUCCAGCUGACAACAACUUUUGGACCCCCCUCCACUUGGCUGCUAAAUAUGGGCAGACAAGCAUUGUUUGCCAGCUCCUAAGGCAUGGAGCAAACCCGACUUUGCUGAACUGCAACCAAGACAAGCCAUCUGAUAUUGCCGUGUCAGAGCCCAUAGCAGAGAUGCUACUGAAUGCAGAAGAGAGCUGGCUGCAGAGGCUGAAGGACCCCUCUGCUCCUCUUCCUUCUACCAACCAACGCUAUGAUGGCGGUUCUCACGACCUCAACACUCCUCUCAAAAACUUGAACCCUCUGGGUCUCCCAAUCUCUAAGCGGGACAGCUUGCUGGAGAAGUGUGCCAUGUUCAGAGAUGCAGGUGGAGCACUGAGCCGACAGCCCUCUCAGGAUAAUGGCCUAGAUGGCCACUUUAGCUCUGGACCCAGCAAAUUGGAGCAGGUCAAGUUGAUGCCUCCAGCACCCAACGAUGAUCUGGCAUCCCUCAGUGAGCUGACCGACAGCAGCCUGCUCUAUGAGAUGCAAAAACGCUUCGGCAAUGACCAAAUCUAUACUUACAUCGGACAUAUCCUUCUCCUGGUCAAUCCAAACAAAGAGCUGCCCAUCUAUUCAACUUUGGUGAGUCAGUUGUACCUGAGCUCCACCGGCCGCCUGUGCUCGUCUCUGCCACCUCACAUCUUUUCCUCAGCAGAGAGAGCUUACCACAUGAUGCAGCAGGAGAGACGCCCGCAAUGUUUCAUCUUGAGUGGUGAGAGCGGUUCAGGGAAAACUGAGGCAUGUAAGCACAUCGUGAGACACCUGACAGCUCGCUGCAGCCCCAAAGGCUUUGCUUUAGAGCCCAGAAUGAAACACGUCAACUGUAUUCUGGAAGCCUUUGGUCAUGCCAAGACUCAGAGGAACAGCAACUCAAGCCGUUUUAUUGAGCUGCUAACCAUCCAAUACUGUGAAAAAAGAAGGGCAAUGCUCAGAGCCCGCGUGUACACCUACAUGUUGGAAAAGUCUCGUCUCGUCCACCUGCCUCCUCAACAACACAACUUCAGAAUCUUCUACCUGAUGGCUGAGGGCCUUUCAGCUGAGGAGAAGAGUGCACUUUACCUCAACAAUGUCCUGGCUCAUAGGUAUCUUAGUGGAGGACUUCCAGGAGAGACCCCUCCAGUAGCCACAGCUUCAGCCCAGAGCAGGGAACAUCUGGCAGCAGUCAAACAAGCCCUGCGAGCCCUGGGGUUCAACAAGCAGGAGGUCGACUCAGUGUUUACGCUGCUCUCUGCUGUGCUCCAUAUUGGGGACCUACGUUUCACUGCGCUGACAGAUGCCAAUACAGCUUUCCCUUCUGACCUGCAGCUGCUGGAGAGAGUUGCUGGAUUGUUGCAGGUGUCAUCCAAUGACUUAAGCAUUGCUCUCACAUCAGAUGUUCAGUACAUUAAAGGUGAUAUUAUUACUCGACGCCACACGGUAGAGAUGUCAGAGCAUUACAGAGACCAGCUUGCUAAAGCCAUCUAUGGACGCCUCUUCAGUUAUCUGGUCAACAGUAUCAACGACUACCUUCAGGGACAAGAUGACUGCAUUGGCAAUCCUGCCAUGGAAUUAGGGAUCCUGGACAUGUUUGGGUUUGAAGAAUUUCAAAGGAAUUGUUUUGAACAGCUGUGCGUGAACAUGACCAACGAGCGGCUGAGGCAGUAUGUCUCUGAGGUGCUAUUCCAGCAAGAGCAGGCUGAGUGUCUGCAGGAGGGCAUCGCCAUGGAGACUCCCCGCUCCCCCAGCAACCAACCCACCGUACUGGACUUCUUUCUUCAGAAGCCUCAGGGACUGCUGUUUGUGUUGGAUGAGGAGAGCCAGAGCUUGAGGCCUGCAGAGCAGAACCUGUACAAGAGGCUGUCGGCCCAGCUGGACUCAAGCCCGAUUCAUGGGCUUGCUCUCUCUACCAAGGAUGGUAAUGGCAACCCCCCACCCAAAGACCAAGGUCCAGCCUUUACAGUCAACCACUUUGCAGGACAGAUUUCAUAUGACCUCACAGGAUCUCUGACAAAAAACAAGGACUCCCUUCCUCAGAAUCUCCUGUUUACAAUGAAGUCCAGUGCAAGCUUGUUACUUCAGCAGCUCUUCCAGUCCAAGCUGACUCAAACUGGUUCUCUGGUGCCAGCAGCCCAGGGCCGCAUGGGGCUGAGAGGGCCUAAAGCAGCCUUGCUGCUUCACAGAAUGCCAUCAGCCUCCCUUAUCAAUGCCACUUCUAUCCCCCAACAGCCCCGGAGGUAUCAUGAUCUUACUAAGAUCUUGAAGAAAAAAGGCUCAAGCUCCUUCCUCCAGCGACUGGAGCGCUGUGGGCCCAUCACAGCGGCCGUCCAGCUGAGGAACUCUCUUUCAGAGCUUAUGAGUAAACUGCAGACCUGUACUCCCCACUUUGUGGAGUGUGUGCGCCCCAACUCCAGCAGUCAGCCAGACAGUUUUGACAGCUUCCAUGUGUCUACUCAGCUGCAAUACAUCGGGGUACUUGAGAUGGUGCGAGUGAUCCGUUACGGAUACCCCGUCCGCCUGUCCUUUCCAGGCUUCCUCAGCAGAUAUAAAGACCUUGUGGUCCCAAUUUUGGGAGACAAGAAGAAAUGGUCAGCAGAGGAGAGAUGUCGCUCAGUUCUGCAGCAGUCGAAACUCCAAGGAUGGCAGAUGGGCAACAGUAAAGUGUUUCUCAGAUACUGGCAAGCAGACCAGCUCAACGACCGCUGCUACCAGCUUCAUAAAAAGAUCAUCACCUGUCAGAAAGUGGUUCGUGGUUGGUUGGCCAGACAGCGGGUCCAUCGCAGGCUGUCAUUGCAGCACAAAGAGGAAUGCAGUGUGCAGCGCUUCCUGCAGGGAGCAGAAGACAUGGGGCUGCGAACUUACGACCAGCUGGUCAUCCAAAAUGCAUCCGACAUUGCGCGAGAGAGUGACCGUCUGCGAUGUCAUGGUAACAGCCUUCACAACAUGCUUGGCAAUAGCCCACCACUUGGUGAGAGGCCCGAGCCAGUAGGCAAGGAGGAGGAUCAGCCAGUCAGGAGGGUAACGGAGAAGAGUGGAAAAGUCCAUGAGGGCGCUGUCAGUGGAGGAAGUCGAGCUAUUCGCCACUUUCGUUCUAGCUCAGUACCCAUCCCUCUUGCCGUUGAAAACAUGGUCCACUUCUCUGCCAGUCCACCCAUCAAACCAGCCUUGCAGCAGGUAACCCAAAGCAGCGAGGACGGAGCAGGCAGCGGAAAUCUUUCCUCUCCUCGGAAGCAACCUCCUCCUAAACCAAAGAGGGACCCCAACACCCGCCUGAGUGCAUCCUAUGAAGCAGUAAGUGCAGGGUUGACGAUGACUGCCAAAGAGAGCUCAACUCCAGAGGGGUACAGUUCUCCAGCUGGAAGUCCACCUAAAUCUCAACUUUCCCCUACUGACCCAGCAGCCUUGUCCAAGCCCCGCCCCCACAGUGACGACUAUACAACCAUGAGAAAGGUACCACCCCCAAAACCUAAGCGCAGCCCCAACACUAAGCUGACAGGCUCAUAUGAAGAGAUUAACGCUGCAGCGCCCCAUCUCCACCAACUCCGUCCUUCUGAUGUGAAGCUGGCCUUGCUUUCCCGUGGAGGAGGAUUUGGAGGCUUGAUGCAGAGAGCGGCUUCCUUAGAUGCUCCUCAAGGGGUAGGGCUAAGUUUGUACAAGGGCCACGAUGAAGAGGACGUAUACAUAGAGAUGAUGGGGUCCCAGCCGAGAGCUCGGAGUCUCCAGGAGCCUCCUGAUAGUCCUGAGCAAGCAGACUCUGAAGCUGUGUAUGAGGAGAUGAAGUAUCUCCCUCCUGAAGAUGGUGGAACUGCUGCUGCAGUCAGCAAGGCCACCAAACUAGAGGCUCUAUCCUUGGGCCUGGUUGGGUUGGGGACAUCUCCCCCUAAAACUGCGGACACCAAACGAACAGCAGUGGGGUUGACUGCCUUGGAUGUAGCUCACGUACAGAACACAUGUAACAGCGGAGCUCCCAAACCUCAGCCUGGCAAAGAUGGAAGCUGUGACAUCCCUGCUCCUUUCCCCAACUUGCUUCCUCACCGCCCACCUCUCCUGGUGUUUCCCCCCUCCCCUGUUACCUGUUCUCCUGCUUCAGAUGAAUCACCACUCACCCCCCUAGAGGUAAAGAAGCUCCCAGUGUUUGAGACAAACUUAAACUAUGCUACUGGCCCAGACAGCCCUCUGUCCCCACAGUUUUCCCGCCAGAGGGCUGACUCUUCCCCUAGCCUCACUGUCCUCAUGCCAGAUAAGAAAUCUACGCCUCCAGUUACUCCUCCACCUCCACCCCCUCCCCCAAGCGCCCUGCUUCCUCCCUAUCGACCCCCAUCACACUUCCCCUUCCCACCUGAGGCCAGCCUCUUGGCUCUAACUCGAGCAGCAUCUGUCACUGGGAGUUCGGAUUCCCCCAAAACAUCCUCACAAAGGGCAGGUGGGGAACCGCUGGGGAAGCCACCUCCCUACUCUCCUGUGAAGAUGUCUCGUCCUGAGCCACGGAGAGCUCAUUCAUGCUCCUCUUCUCCCCUGCUAUUCAACCCAGCCAAUGGCAGACCUCUGACCAGCCCCCUGGAUGAACUCAACACUCUGUUCAGUUCAGGACGCAGCCUGCUGAGGAAGUCAUCGUCUGGCAGGAAGAUGAGAGAUGGAGGAUAUAAUUCCAAUAUCAAUCUGCCAGGAAGGGAAGAAUGCGGCUCUGCACCCACCUCACCAUCUCUGCAGCUGCAAGACAAGAAUGCCAACAAUCACUCUCUGCACUCCCCGAGCCCUGUCCCUGUAGAGAACGGAAACCAGAUCUCCAAUGGUUCACUGGAUGACGAAAGUCACAGCAAGUCAAACUCCAGCACCACCUCUCUGCACAGACACAUGGACAGCCAUCAUACUCAGGUAUUCCAGAGGCUACGUCUAUCCAACGGGGAUGAGAGCACUGCCCUGGGGGAGCUUCUGCGCUGGCGGCGAGUGCAGUGUGAGGGGCGGAGUGACUGGAAGCACCGUCCACCUCAGUCCCCACCCCUGCCCCCCACACUGCUCUGGACCAAUAGAAAGGCCUCUCCAUGAGGUUGCGUGAAAGAAUUACAUCUAUGGACAAUGGAAGUUCCUUCCUUCCUCUGUAUCUUCAGCCACACUGCGCACUUGCUCCUAAUGUGUUUGUUUUGUUUUUAUUUUAAAUGUGGGCCAAUGACCUCAUUGCCCGUGGACUAUGCUAAAUACCUAGGCCACGUAUGACGAGCCUAGUCUCUGGGCUGAGGAUCCUGCCUCUCUUCUUUGCACUUGACAGUGAGAUGCCCCAAACUUUAUGAUAAAAAUUCUGGGAAGAAUGUGUGAAAGUCUGACAGACGUUCCUAUGGAUCUGGGUGUUAUUUCAUGGGCAGAUAUUUUAUUAACAAAAAAAAACAUAUAUACAACUAAUGAAAAUCACAUGACUAUUUUUUAUUUUCUUCUGAGAUAAAAAAAGUAUGAUGUCCAAUAACGGGAGGCUGAAUUAAAGAGCAAAGCAGCAGUAUUUUGUGGUGGUCAGAUAUUGAGUUGGCCUCUUCUCAAGCCAUUCAUGAUGUACUGAAUGAGUCUGCCCUCCCCCUCCCUCAAAUCAUGGUGCUCAUAAUACUUGAUAUGCUUUUCUGUGAUGUUUCCACAAGUUCACAAAUGUGCACAGCAUAGUCUCAGCCUUCUGAAGUUUACAAGCGAAUCAACGUCUUUGAAAACCUCCAGAUGUUUAGCAUAACUGUACUGGCUUAGACACAGCGCUUACUAAACCACUCAUGUUUGGGCCAUAAGUGCUACUACAGCCCUGGCAACAAGCAACCAGGGGGUCAGGGUAACCUCAAUAUCAACCCAAGGUGCACUUCUCUUCCUCCUCAUUACUAACAGCCUUUGAGGAAUAAAACGCUCUGGCCAAAUUUCAAACUGUUGCACUUACCUUUACUAUUAGAAGAGGAUCCAACAAACUGCUAUGAUUUAUGGUACAAAUGUAAAGCUAAAAAAGCAAAGCUUUAGCUGACAGGUAUGUAGUUCAUGUGUGAUCGUGAAACUUUGUGCCAAAGUGACAUUACAACUUUAAACUGAUGUAUACAGUAUUCUCCUACUCAUAUAUGUACAGACUGACAUAAAAGACCAAAUUAUAGCGGUUACUUCACUUCAGUGGUGAUACCAUGGACUGUUUCUGAAUAGAUCGGAAGUAUAUUGUUACAAUAUAGGGAGAAAAAAAACUGUCUGCAAAUCUAUAGUAGCAAUCCAACUCUCAUCAAGUCGAAACUUAAACAGAUUUGUGUGUUUGUUGUCACUCCGAAGAGCUCACACACAGAUGAACUUGACUAUUGUACAGACUUUUCCAUUGUGGGUGCGUCCUCAUAGUCACCUUUAACCCUUUGUGUCCUCGGUCAUCUUUUCUUUUCCUCAUUUAACCCCAACAGACAGACCUGUUGUUUUCCCAUUUGAUCCCCCACCCAGCUGCCCUAAUGGAUAAAACCAGCUUUACGGGUGUUCCCAUGGUAACCACAAUGUAAAUAGUGACUGGUGUUUUAAGUUCCAGCUUUUGUUACAGCAGAAGAGCACAUGAGAUUGAAAUGAAAGAUGAAGGAUGAGGAGGAGGUGCAGGAUAAUACUGAAGAAUGUUUUGGGUUCGAUGCAAUGUUGGAGGUAAUGAGAAAGAGGUUUAUUUUAAAAUGUGAAUAUCUUUUUUUUCUUUUUAGAAUGACUAUACGGCUAUGAAAUUCUACUCUAUUUAAUAUUAAUUGCUGAUUGCCCUCUGGACCCUGUUGUUCCAUUCUUCUGAUGCAAGCCAGAUGUUCAAAAUGUGUAUAGUUGUUUAUUUGUUUUGUUUUGUUUGUUUGUUUUUUGUUUUUGGUUUUUUUUUGCAGAAUGUUUACAUGGUGUUGUGUUGACCUCUGUGAUGGGCUGGGUGUGUCUCGGGCAGCAGUUUGAUCUUUAAAGAUUGGUCUGAAUUGUUGGAGCCACAAAGUAUCAAUAGCUCUAAUUGAUUUCUCAUUCCUACUGAUCACCCACAAUGUGUCUGAUUGAUUCAGCCGUACAAAUUAGCAACACCAUUGCAGGAUCAAUCUAAUCUGGUGUCUGUGUGUACAGAUGCACAAACAUUGUUGAGAAGUUUGAGGGGCGGUGCACUACAUUGAGCUUAAUUUUUGCCUGAAUGUAGAAAGGCAAACUUUUGCUCCACUACCUGUAGAUCGCAUUGAAUCCCUUUGUAACCUAUUAGAACAUGUGCUUGUAUCUAAGAAGUACCUAACUAUUUAAUGUGAAUAAUGUCCUCAGAAGUUUUGCAUUCAGUUCAUUUCUAAGCCUAGUUGAUACUGAUAAAGGAUUAAUUUACUCCAUUAUUUAUGCCUUUUGUGUGCUUUGAUUAGCACUGCAUGAAAACUGCGGUGAAGAACAGCAUCAAGCAUUUUCAUGUAAAAAUUCAAAGUCAACUGUGAUUAAAAUAUAUAAUAUAAAAACAGGAACAAAUAUAGACUUGUCAAUCUUGCCAAUGCCAUUGAAAGACAACAUAUGAUAGGAGUUCUGGUUAGUCGUGCAGUUUUUUGUAUACACAUAACUCAUCAAAUGAGGACAUAUCAGCACUUUUUACCUUGCAUGAUCAGUAUGCUGGGCCUCUCCAUAACACACUCAUGUUUAAAAGAUAAAGACUAUCCAAUGUGAAGAACUGUUUCUUACCACACUGUGAAUCACAAUACCAUCUUCUUUGUCUCUUCAAACACUCAUCGUCCACCUUAAACUGGCCACCAACACAUCAGCACCAUCCCAUGCAAACCUUGAUGAAUUAUCUCAGUCUGUCAUAAGCAUACCGAACUCUAGCAGGCAGAUUACGGUCAUUCAUCUUUGUUAGUCAGGAAUCUAUAAAUCAACUGCUAUGAGAUCAGCUUUUCUGGUGCUACAGUCAGUGUAGAAUGGCCAUUCUGUUGUCCCCAGUCCAUUUAUUGUUUUCCUACAGAGAGAGACAAUAUUUCUGCACAUAAAAAGAGGUAUCUCACUGCCUUUCAUAGUGGUGUUGUUUUUUUUUAUUUAAAAUGUUCCUUUUGUACAUGACAUACAUUAUAUUUUAAUCUGCAUAUGUUUGUGUCUGUGGAAAGAAAAAACGAUGGUGAUAUUUCAUGAUUAUGAACCUAAUGUUUUAUAAUACUGUAUCUGUACAGCAAUAAAGCACAACUGUGUCAAA